AUGGUAAAGAGAACUUAUAGAAAUCUUAUGUCAAAAAAAAAUCCAAUCAUAGCAGAAAAAGUUGAAACCACCAGCAAAGAGCCAAAAAUGUACAAGAUAAUAGCAACAACUUGUUAAGCAUCCUUGUAUUCUCCUAUAACUAAGAAAUCGCUAUUAAAAUUUUUAAUAUUACUACCAAUUAAAAAGCAGGCCACUCCAAUAACACAAUUUAUAAUAGCUCCAAUUAUCAAAUAAAAUCUAACUACAAAAGAGCAAAAACCCAUUUUAUGA